AUGAGAAUAUUUCUCAUUGUUGUUAUCACAUCAGUGCUUUUUUCUUUCCCAAAAAAAAGCACAGUGAAUUGUUAUAAGAUAUAUGGAAUAUUGAAAAAGUUCAAAAGAGGAAAAAGUAUAAAAAGUUGGAAGAACACAGAUGAAUACAAAAGCGAGAUGAAUGAAAAUAACAUUUUACUGAAAGGCAAAAAGAGGUAUUCUUUUACACCCCCUAAAAGGAACACUGUAAAAGAUAUAAAAAGAAGGUUAAGAUUUAAUGAAAAAAAUGUGAGAUUAAGAAAUCCAAAAUUUGUUAAAAAAAAAAACAUACACAAAUCUCUAAUUGAUGACAUUAAUAAGGAAAUAUUAAAAGAAAAUAUAAAAUCUAUAGGAACUAACAAUGACAGUGAAGGGUUAGCAGAACAUAGUGUAUUACCAUUACCACUAGAUGAAAAAUCGUCUGAAAGUUACAACUGUUUGAUAUUGUGUAAAGGAUUACCAUUUCAUGUUGAUAGUUCUAAAAUUAAGGAUUUUUUUAAGCCAUACAAAAUUGUAGAUAAAUAUAUAAUCUUCAUCAAAGACAAAAAAGGGAACUUUUUUGGGGAUGUUAUUGUAAGAUUUUUAAAUAAAGAACAAAAAAUUUUGGCAUUAAAAAAUAAAAAUUUUAAAUUUUUAAUGCACAGAUAUAUACAACUUUAUAACAUUAAUGAAGAACAUUAUGAGGAAUAUUUCAACAUAGGAUAUAAAAAUCCACCAUCAUAUAAAAAUUAUAUUCCUAUCAAAAAUGUUGUCGUUUCUAGUAGUCUGGACGGGGGUGAUAACUCUGUUGGAAGUGUUUAUAAUUCUAGCUCAUUGUACAAUAGCAAUUCUUAUUCAGAUGAAGAAUUCCAAUAUCACUCUUUCUCGGAUCACCAUUUAGACAAUGAUGAGGAUACAAUAUAUCUAAGAGAAAAGAUUAACAAAAAAGGAAUUUUACUGAAAAGUAUAUAUACUGGGAAAAAGUUAAAAGGAAGAAUAACUUCUGUUCAUACUUAUGGCGUUUUUGUUGAUUGUGAUGUGUACAUAAAAAUGGGAAAUAACAGAUUUAUAAAACUUUUGGCACUUUUGCAUAAAAAUAAAUUAACUAUAAAUAUUGGACUCCCCACAGAUCCCUUACAUGAACAAGAAAAGAAAGAAUUAAUAUUACAAAAAAAUAUGAACAUUAUUGUAUAUGUGGAUAAAAUUAUAAAAAGGGAAAUAGCCACAAGUGCUUCUAACAAUUCGAGUGGAAAAAAUAACUUGAUUUUUUUUAAUCUCACUUUUGAUUCCUCCAUAACAGAAGAGAAAAUUGAAUGGUUCCAAAAAAUGAAGUUAAAAAAGAAGACCCUUGAAGACAAAAUCAAAAUAUAUAACGAUAAUUUUAUGAGCAUGAAUUCAAACAGUUUUAAAGCAAGCGAAACGUCUAUUCCAGAGUUUGUACAGUUUGGAAAGCAGCACCCAAAUGGGGAAGAAGAACCAAGGGGUGGAGCAGCAGAUAGGAAAAAUAUUAUAAAAGUGAAUCAUAAAGAGGUUAACAUGCAAAAUGGGAAUUCCAAUGAAGAGAAUAAUAAAAUGGAUGAAAGUUUUGUGGUGAGGGAAAACAUAUUAUCGACUGAACAAACCAAUGUGAAGCAUAAAAGAAAACACAACAAUAGAUCUAACAAAAUUUACCUAAUGAAAAAUAGAAACAAUGAAUAUAAUUAUGUACAGAAAAAAUGGUAUAAAUGUCGGGUACAUGAAGCAUUAAGUAGAUUGAACAGUGGUAUGGAAGAAUCACAAUUUUCUGAAAUCUCUGCAAAUGAAAAAAAUAGUCCAAAGGGAGGAGGAAAAGGGGAAAACAAAACGAAAAAGAAGGGAAAAAAGAAAAAAAGAAAAAAAUAUUUAGACGAAAGUAGUCUUUAUGACGAUGUCGAUAAUUUUGAUGAAAUUUUUAAUCUUGGGGUGCGUGAUGUUGAAGGGAACGAUGAGAAAAGCGAAGAUAUAACGAUAGGUUCUGCAAACGAGACAGAUGCUGAAAAUGUGAAAAAUUUGACACAUUUGACGCACUCUGCAGAUGCAGAGAAAAUGGAAGACAAACACUAUGAUCUGCAUGAACCAAUCGAAAGCAACAGAAAUAAGAAAAUAGAAAAAAACGUGAUGGACGAUUAUAAAAAUGAAGUGAAGAGUGUUCUUUACGACAUUUUUAGAGAGAAUAAAAACAGUCGAAAGGUUUCAAAAAAAUUCCUCCCAAAGGAACAAAUACAGGAAUCGGAUGGAAAGAUCUCAGAAAAGACUCAUGUUCAUAAUUAUAAAGAAGUUCUACCGAGCAAUAAGGGAAUUCUUCACAAGGAGGAAAAUAUUAAUAACGAAAGUGUAUCUGGGAAAUGUUUUGAAAAUUUAAGUGACAGAUCAAAAUGGAAGAAUGAUAUUAGGAAAGAGGAAUCCCUAUAUUAUUCAAAAAUGUUUGGAAUAAAAUCUGAUGUAAAUGAUUUUUAUGCGGUCGACACAAAGUCGAAGGAGGUGGAUGGGAUACGGAAAAGCUUAGAAGGAAUGGAGGAAUUCAUGGAUUUUAGUGAAAAAAAAAUGGAGGAGAAAGAAUGUUUAAGUGGCUUUUCUGUAGGGUCUUUGAGGUUGGGAAAUUUUGAAAACUCCGUAGAGAGCAAUAAAAAGGAAGAGAAAGAAGGCGAAGAAGAAGAAGAUGAAGAACAGGAAGAAAAACACCAAAGUGAUGCCGAAACGGGAAGUUGCACAAACAAGGAGAUUCAUCCAAAUGUGGAUGAGAAGAAAGAGACUGAACUAGACUCCAUUAUAAACACGGAUGAUAGCGAGACUCUUGACUUUUCGUACCUCUCAGAAAUGUCAUCAGAUGAACUCAAAAAAGAAAUAUACAAGAAAGGGUUUCUUCUUCCAAUAGACACAUCCAUGGAAAGCUUAAAAAGUCGUCUAAUACAAAUAUGCAUUUGUGAAAGAAGGAAUGAAAAAUUUGAUAAUUACCCAUUCGUUAGAUACUAUCUAUUCGAUUUUGAUUUGCCCAUAGAGGAUGUUAAAUCAUUCGUAUUAGCAAAUAGAAAAUUUUUAAAUAAAAAAAAUAUAACUAAAAAUUUUUUAAAUUCAUUACAACUGAACGAAUUGAAAUAUCUGCUUCAUAAAUCCAUGGAAAAUAUUCGACUGUGGGAACCUGAGGAUAAUAUCAAGAGGAAAAUAUUAAAUUUAAAUAAAGACAUAUUACAGAAACAAAACUUGAAUCAUGUAGAUAAUAUAGAUGAAAAAAAUUUACUGAUAUUAUGGAAUGACUUUAAAGAUUUUUUACUAAAUUGCGUAUACGGAAAUGAUGGAACAAAUGGAACAUGGGGAGGGGAAGUAUUCAAAAAUAUAGAAACGGAAAAUAAUGAGCACACAAAAACAUCAUAUGGUAAUAUUAAUGUAAAUACAAGAAAAUAUAUAAACAGAUUGAAAAAUAUGGAAAAAGAAAACUUUUUCCUUAAUAAGAAUCAACCUUUCGAUGAUAUACUAGGAACACAAAUAAAUAAAAAUAAAAUGGAACAUAAGGACCCUUUUGAAAAUGCUUUAAGUACAUUAAAUAAACAUCUGGAAGAAAACGAACAUGACUUGCCAGAUAAAAUAAACUUAAAGGAAGCUAUGAAAAUACUUAACAACAGGACCUAUUUAAAAAAGAUUAAACGUUCCUUCAAUAACAACACAUCAGAUGAAAAAACAAAUGAAGACUAUAUUAAGAAAAUCAUUCAUCUAAUUUUGAAGAAUAAAAAAUAUUUUAAGGAAAACCUAAGUGAGGAAAUUUUAAAGAGGAAGCCGCAUGAAGAGUUAAUCAUACUCCUUGAUCAACUUCCGGCCGAAGUGAUAGAAGAUUUGCUGUGA